AGACAAGAGGCAGGGAGAGAGAGAGAGGGACGGAGGCAGCGGAGCCUUAGGCAGUUAGCUAGCAGUCACACAAAGGAAAUCAACCCAUAACGCCAAGUGACUGAACAAUAUCAGUUACUGGCGGUCAUAUCUGGGUCACUGUUGAUCGUGUGACCUCGGGAUAAAGAGUGGCCGUUUGUUUAUUUUUUCGUACUUUGCGUGGCCAGUACACUAGAUAGCCAUUUGGAACAGAUUAAGUUAGCGACACCCAGCUAUCUAGCUAACGUUACCCCCUUCCUCGGCAACCCGCAGUGAAACAGAAUGGCGCUGAAGCGAAUUCACAAGGAACUGAAUGACCUGGCACGUGACCCCCCAGCACAGUGUUCUGCAGGCCCGGUUGGAGAUGACAUGUUUCACUGGCAAGCUACAAUCAUGGGACCUAACGACAGUCCAUAUCAGGGUGGUGUUUUCUUCUUGACAAUUCACUUCCCCACAGACUACCCUUUCAAACCCCCAAAGGUUGCAUUUACCACAAGAAUUUAUCACCCAAAUAUUAACAGUAAUGGCAGCAUCUGUCUCGAUAUUCUAAGAUCACAGUGGUCUCCUGCAUUAACUAUUUCUAAAGUUCUUUUGUCCAUUUGUUCACUGUUAUGUGAUCCCAACCCCGACGACCCCCUAGUGCCAGAGAUUGCGCGCAUCUACAAAACAGAUAACGAAAAGUAUAAUAGGCUAGCCAGGGAGUGGACAGAGAAGUACGCCAAUCUCUAGGGUACAACAGAAUAGCCCGGGAAUGGACUCAGAAGUAUGCAAUGUGAUGCCCCCUUGUGGCAGUCGGAACAACCCACAUUAUAGCUGGAAUAAAUUUUAAAGUACUGAAUUUUUUUUUUUUUUUUUUUUUGGGGUGGGGUUCUCUUAUUUGGCUGCUCCCAUGUAUCAAACCAUAUCAAAUGAUUUUAUUUUAUUUUUUGUUUUUUUUUUUUUGCCCCUAUAUUCAUUCACAUGCUCUUAAAAAGACACUGUAGCAUCUCCGGCCUUGGAGGAGACCAGCAUUUUUUUCCCCGCAAGUUUCUAAAACGUAGUUUUAAUUUGAAAGGAAUGAGUUGACCGUAAGGUUGCCCACGGUUCUGAACUCUCCAUGGGGCAUGUGUCCAUUAAAAGGCCAGCAUACCUCCACAGUCACUCGGUUGUGAGAUAAAAAAAAAGAGAGAGAGAAUGAAAUUAAGUGUUCAUCAUCGCUCUGACACAUGCUGAAGAUGCCAGGGAGACAAAAAAAAAAAAAAAAA